GCACAAUGCUCUAUUAUUUAUUAAAUAAAGAAAUAAAUAAAUGCUCCAAUAAUAAAACCGAGUUCGUCACUUUACUUACACCAAUCCCACCCAUAUCCUCCGUCCCUCUUUAUCAAAAUCAUCGGUGUGGGAAUGUUGCAAGCGCUUGUCAUCUUCUUCCUCCUGAACUUGCCGGCGUUGCCGGCGGAGGUGGUGGAGCUCCGCCGUGGGUUUUACAGCGAGAGAUGCCCAGAGGCGGAAUCCAUUGUCAAGAACGUGAUGCUUAAGAACAUGAUAAGAGAACCCAGAAGCGCAGCCUCAGUGAUGCGCCUCCAGUUCCAUGAUUGCUUCGUGAACGGGUGCGAUGGAUCGGUGUUGCUGGACGACACGCCUACGAUGUUGGGAGAAAAGCUUUCCCUGUCGAAUAUAAAUUCACUUCGGUCGUUUGAAGUUGUGGAUGAAGUUAAGGAUGCUGUGGAGAGGGCCUGCCCGGGCGUCGUGUCCUGUGCUGAUAUCUUAAUCAUGGCUGCCAGAGAUGCAAUCGUCCUGAGCGGAGGGCCUAAGUGGGAUGUGAAGCUGGGAAGGCUGGACAGCUUAACAGCAAGCCAGCAAGAUUCAGACGAUAUAAUGCCAAGCCCGAGAGCAAACGCAACCUCCCUCGUCCGCCUCUUCACCACAGUCAACCUCUCUGUCCAAGACCUGGUGGCCCUCUCUGGCUCUCAUUCCCUGGGCAAAGGCAGGUGCUUCUCCAUCGUGUUCCGGCUUUACAACCAAUCAGGCUCAGGCAAACCAGACCCUGCCAUCGACUCCGAGUUCAGAGAAAAGUUAGACAGGCUGUGUCCACUUGGCGGGGAUGGGAAUGUGACGGGAGACUUGGACGCCACGCCCGAGGUCUUCGACAACCAGUACUUCAAGGACUUGGUGGCUGGAAAAGGGUUUCUCAACUCCGACGAGACGCUUUUCACCAGCCCGGAAACUAGGGACUAUGUGGUCAUGUAUAGCCGCAACCAGGAAGCAUUCUUCCGGGCAUUUGUUGAGGGGAUGAUCAAAAUGGGUGAUCUUCAGUCGGGCCGGCCUGGAGAGAUCAGAACAAACUGCAGGCUUGUCAAUACCCCCCCGCUGCUGCAUGCCCAAACCACGUUUCUAUACUGAUCCAAAAUACCCGCAUAUGUUUAAACUAUUAUGUUUGGGUUUGGAGAACUGACUUAUAUCCUUUGCCCGGUUAGCCUCAUUCUAAAAGAGCCCUUACUUAAUUCACCUCCUACAAGUCUGAUAUUACAAUUCUAAUAUGGUAAAUUCUAUGGUACCCUUUGUCCACAUGGACCAAUCAGAAUGAUGUAGUUGAAUUAUUUAAAUCUAAAUUAAAAAUGAUGUAAUGAUUUGAACCAAUCAAGUGAGUGACAGGUACGGUACCCCAUUUUUUAAAUGGGUACCGAAGUUGUCACCUUCUAAUAUUUGUAUCCUUUGUUUAACCUCAUACUUUGUGUCUUGUAAGAGGCCUUACUUAAUCUAACUACUUUAUCGGAC